GAAGGUCUCAACGAGCUGAACAGCACAGCCAUCAAACCCCAGGUGAAGCCCUGGAUCAACCUCUUCCUCUCUGUCUCCCACAACAUCGAGGAGGAAGAGUUCAGUGACUACGAAGCGAACGAUCCCUGGGUCCAGCAGUUCAUCGUCAAUCUGGAACAGCAGAUGACCGAGUUCAAGGCUGGGCUGUCUCCAGUGAUUUACGAUACCCUCACUGGGCUCAUGACCAGUCUCAUAGCCAUCGAACUGGAGAAGGUGCUGCUCAAAUCCACCUUCAGCAGGCUCGGUGGUCUGCAGUUUGACAAGGAGCUGAGGUCUCUCAUAGCCUAUCUCACCACCGUCACCACCUGGACCAUCCGGGACAAGUUUGCCCGUCUUUCCCAGAUGGCCACCAUCCUCAACCUGGAACGGGUGACGGAGAUCCUGGAUUACUGGGGCCCAAACUCCGGCCCACUCACCUGGCGUCUCACUCCUGCCGAGGUCCGGCAGGUGCUGGCUCUCCGCAUCGACUUCCGCAGCGAGGAUAUCAAGCGGCUGCGCCUGUAG